AUCAGCGAGUCAUAUCCUUCACGCGCCAAAUUUGUAUUGUUUUGAUCGGGAGCGGAGUGCAACUGGAGCAGCACUGAGGCAGAGAGACGCUUUUACUCAAAUGUAUUUAAAAUGUCGGAACAAGCUGGCUACUCUCCCAGCUUCAAGAGACCGUCUGAUAUCCUGCGUCUGAGAAGGAAGCGGGCCCGCAGCGAGGGAGUCGGCUCCGGCGCCCGGAAUGCAAGCGGUAGUCCUGCGUUAUCUGUGCCCGGGGUCCGUCCCUUCUCGCCCGGCUCUCAGCCCGGUGGCCCGCCUCGCCCCGGCGGCGUGAAGCGCAGGAACCCGUUCGCCAACCUCGAAAACACAUACAACAGCCCGAAGAAGAGAGCCUUGGCGCGGUCCGAGGGAAAUCCGGACUCUCUCGGGUGUAAACCUUUAAUCGACGCCGAGAGAGAGAACCAGGGGGAUCACCCAGCUCGCCGGGACACUCCGCUGUUCACGGAACGGCUCCUCCACGCCGAGAAACGCAGCCAGCUCGAGCCGAGCAAGAAAGAAGUCUUUGUCUCCGACGAUUCUCUCUUUGAAGAUGAUUUGUUGGCUGACGAGAAAAUAUCUGCCCAAAUAUCGACAGACCUGCGAUGCUGUGGCCCCACUGACACGGCGCCCCCUGUCUGUGAGGAGUACCCGGCGGACUGGAGCCUGAAGACGCGCCUCCUCUUCACCUCCCCGCUCUCCUUCUGCUGGGCGGAGCAGCUGAAGGCCCAGGAGGAGGCGCAGGGCCUGAGCCAGCACUGCCGCGCCACCCACCUCCCGUUACCCCAAAACAUACAGGACCCCCGCUGCAGCCCGGCGCUGCGCUGCUCCCUGCCCCAGGCCCUGCAGCUCUGGCAGCACCCCUCCCUGCCCUGGCUGCCCCUCUUCCCCCGCAUGGGCUCCCAGAGGGGCUUCUCAGGCAAGAGCACCCCCUGGGCCAACGACCCGGCACUGCAGCAGAGUCUGAUGAGCGAGUGGUCUGUGAGCUUCACGUCUCUGUACAGUCUGCUGAAGGCGCAGCUCUGCCCGUAUUUCUACCUCUGCUCGCACCAGCUCACCGCUCUGUUCCGCGCCCCCGGACUGGGCGGGGCCGACUCCAUCACUGCAGUGCUGUCACCCACCACCAGGGGGCUGCGCGAGGCCAUGAGGGCCGAGGGGAUUGAGUUUACACUCCCCCUACUAGAGGAGAAGAAGAAGUGCCGGGAUCAAAGCUCUCCACAAAGUCAGCCUGGAGAACACACGACUGAGCCCAAAGAGCUGAGGAUGGCUGAGGAUGAAGAGGAGGAAGCCUAUGGCGAGGAUGAUGAUGAUGAUGAUGAUGAAGAUGGUGGGUUCUCCUGGCUGAAGGAGAUGGGGGUUCAGGACAAAAUAAAGAAGCCAGAUUCCAUCUCCAUCAAACUCCAUAAGGAGCACAGGGAGGUGAGGCUGGACCGUCGGCCGGAGUCUCUGGUCCUGGUGCGGGGCUCAGACAGCUUCACUCUGCUCAACUUCCUGCUGGGCUGUAAGAGCCUGGUGGCCUCUGCUGGGCCCCAGGCCGGCCUCCCCCCCACCCUGCUGGCCCCCACCGCCUUCCGGGGGGCCACACUGCACACGCUCAAGGCACGCAGUGUGAAGGUGAAGACGCGGGUGGGGGCGGGGUUCCAGGACGUGAGCAGCCUGGAGGUGACGGGGCCGGUGAUGCCGCACGCCCUGCAUGCCCUCACCCUGCUCCUCCGCCCGGCCCAGAGAGGGGCCUUCUCCACCACCCUGUACCCCCACGAGCCCACCGCCGUCUUCAACACCCCCGGCCCUGACGCAGAGCAGCACGCACAGGACGUGGCGGUGCGGGGUUUGGGGGGGUGUGGCCUGCACCCCAGCACCCUGAGGCAGCUGGUCCAGCCCUCCCCCCUGGAACAGAGAGCCCUGAGACAUCUUCACAUGAAGGACUACUCCUACACCUGGAGCUCCUGAUACUGUACACACACACACACACACACACACACACACACACACACACACCUGUACACACACACACACUCACACACCCUCCUGUACACACACUCACACACACACUCAUAUACCCACACAUACUCACACACUCUCCCUCUCUCACACACACACACACACACACACACACACACACACACACACCUACCUGUACACACACACACACACUCACACACACACACUCUCAUAUACACACACAUACUCACACACUCUCCCUCUCUCUCACACACACACACACACACACACACACACUCCUAUACACACACAAACACACACACACUCAUAUACCCACACUCAAUCACACUCUCCUGUACACACACACACAUUCACACACACACGCUCACAACUACCACACACUGGACUGAAGGACUGUUCACCUGAGGGGCAGUUUACCUGGACAAACAUUUAUCUUGUUUACAUGAAAUUUUAUGUCAUUAAAUUAAUUUUAAGAAGGU